AUGCUCCACAGUUGGGAAAAGAUCCCGCGAAGUCACACCUCCGAUCCUGAAGAAGUUUGCCAGCUCAGCUCACCCACCUGCCACCUGUUCGAGAUAAAGUUUGGGGAGGUCGAUCAGAUCGCUCAAAGCUCACGCGCCUUACCCCACCCGCGCUCCGCGAUGUCCCUCGUGUUCGCCUCGGCGCUCGCGCGCCCCACCCCGGCGCCGGUCGCCGGCUCCCGGCGCAUCGCACCGGGCGCGGCGGGUAAACCCCCCCGCCCCUCCGCCUCCCCCGUCGUCGCCUUCGCCAAGAAGAAAGGCAAGGGUGGAUCGCGCGACGGGUACGACGAUUGGGACGACGGCUUCGGCAGCGGCAGCGGCAACUACGACGCCAACUUCAACUCCAUCGACGACGACUUCUACACCGGCGCGGGCGGCGACUACGACUCCUUCGGUUCCAAGUCCGGCGCCGCCAAGCCCGAGAGCGGCAAGAAGAAGGGCGCCGCGAAGCGCGCCAAGAAGGCAAAGGGCAGCGACGUCGACGACGGGUACGCGCCGGUUGCCGGCGACGUCUCCCGGCUCAUCCGCUCCAAGGCGCCCGCCAAGCCCGAGAGCGGCGCCAUCGGAUCGUCCCUAGACUCCGGCGACGGACCCAACUUCGUGAGGCCGCUCGACGGCUGGAAGAAGAAGGGCGAGGCGUCCAGCUACGGCGACGUGUUUGAAAACUCGGCGGCGUUUUCAAUGGACGACGGCGACUUGGACUUUGGCGCCGAGCCGCUCGCGGCGGAGCCAAUCGACGCGCCGAGGGUCGUGACGGUCGCCAAGGCGGUGCCCAAGAAGGAGAAGAGGGAGGAGGCGAAGGAGGCCAAGGCGGUGGAUCCCGCGGACCCGGGUAAGGGGGAGAAGAAGGCUUCGCAGACUCUGAAAAAGUGGGGUUUCGCGCAGUCAAACAUCGACGACGCGCUGGGAGCGACGGAGGAGGCGGCGGCGACGGCCGUGGGCGAGGGGCAGACGGCGUACAACAAGAGGCGGCAGGUGCUGGCGCUGGACUGGCUGCUGCUCAACGCGCCGGAGGAUGCCAUCCCGAUGGACUAUCGCAACGACGCCAUCAAGGCGAGGUCGUGA